AUGUCGAAUAGGAUCACCAUCUUAUACGGUUCUGAGACAGGAAAUGCAGAAGAAUAUGCUAAGUACUUAAAACUUCGAUUAAAAAGCUACAAUCUAAAACCAACUUUAUCAUCACUAGAUGCAUUUCCCUUGAAAAAUUUAGUGACAGACACAGACUAUUUAAUAAUCAUAUGUUCGACCACAGGACAAGGUGAGUUACCUCGUAACUCCAAAUCAUUUAUGAAAUUCAUUUGCAAAAAGAAACUUCCGAGGGAUUUUUUCCAACAUUUGCGAUUAACAACUUUAGGCUUGGGUGAUUCAUCGUAUACAAAGUACAACUAUGCAAUAAAAAAGAUACACGCAAGGAUGAUGCAACUUGGAUGCCAAGAGCUAUCGCCGAGGUGUGAAGCUGAUGAAAUGUCACCAGAGGGUGUAGACGGGUUCUAUUUAGAGUGGGAAACUCAAUUACUUGCUGCAUUGAGUAAAUUCCUCCCCAUGCUGACUGAGCCUGACAACAACACUGUGCCCAUGCCCGAGUAUAAAAUGUCACUAGGGCUUGCUGCAGACCUGUUAGCGCAAAAUUCAUUGCUAACAAAAAUUUACAACAAUUUACAAGUGGGAACUGUGGUUUCAAAUGAACGAAUAACCACUGCCGAUCAUUUUCAAGACGUGCGACGUUUGAAAAUAUCCUCCCAAAACCUAAAGUAUAACCCAGGAGAUACAAUUUCACUAUACCCAUGUAAUUUUGAUCAGGAUGUCGAGACUUUGCUCGAGCUCCAACCACAGUGGCUAGAGGUGGCCGAUAAACCAUUAAGAAUAAGAAACUUGGUAGAUGAAGAACAAUUUAUAACUUUGAGGAAUUUGAUUAAAUACCACUUGGAUAUAAUGUCAAUUCCAAGACGAAGCUUUUUUGCAGUAUUAUGGCAUUUUUGUGACUCUAGUACCGAGGAUGGUAAAAGGGAACAAGAAAAAUUGAGAGAGUUUGGUUCAUUUUCUGACCCUGAGGAACUUUACAACUAUGCAAAUCGACCAAGAAGACUGAUUUUAGAAACCUUGACUGAGUUUAAAAAUAAUUUAACCAUUCCUGUCUCUUAUAUACUUGACUUGAUACCAUUGAUCAAGCCUAGGAUGUUUCUGAUCGCAUCACGUUCCAGCGAGACAGAAAUAGAGGUGGUGGUGGCAAUUGUGGAGUAUAGGACUAUAAUAAGACGCAUCCGUCGUGGACUUUGCACGCGAUGGUUAAAGUCGUUGAAGGUAGGGGAUGAGGUACAUUUGAGUAUUGAUAGAUCUUCAUUCAAAAUCACACAGAGCCCCAUCAUUAUGGUUGCACCAGGGACUGGUAUAGCACCAAUGAAGUCACUAGUUGACGAAAUUUUGCACCAAAACUCAUUGCAAGAGAUGUAUCUCUUUUUUGGUUGUCGCCAUGCAGAAAAGGAUCACCUCAUAAAACUGUUUUGGGAAAAAUCAAGCAAUUUGCAUAUAUACAAUUGCUUUUCGCGAGAUGAGGACUCCGAGUUUAAAUAUGUUCAGGAUGCAAUCAUUGCCGAAUACAAGUUGCUUGGUGAUUUGUUGUUGAAUCAAGAUGCAAAAGUCUUUGUGUGUGGCUCAAGUGGGAAGAUGCCCAGAGAAGUGAAACUAACAUUUGUUGAAGUGGUGAAAAGAUUCAAAAACAUAUCAAAAGAAGACGCAAAACGCUACAUUAACGAAAUGGAAGAUUGUGUGAGAUAUAAGGAAGACGCUUGGUAA